AUGCAGCUCGAGCUGGAGGCGCGCGCACAGGAGCGUGAUGCGCUCAUGACCUGCGCCUCUGUCCCGUCAGCUGCUGCGCAUCAGAGGAACAUGCAGGAUGAGCCUGUGGGGGUGACCACCGAACACUCACCCCCGUCCCGAGAGCACAAGGACAGCAGCAGCACAGAGAGCCGUCACAGCACUCAGCUGUGCGCCUUUACGUCCGUGUACAACCUCCUGAACCAAAGGACUACUGUGCCCGAGCCUUUAUACGCGGCACUGUCCAUCAGUGACCUUCAGCACAGUCAUAAAAUACAUCUGCAGCCGGCCCCGGGCCCCCCGCUGAACCAGAUCGACCCCCGGUGCGCUGCUGACUCUUCCCUGGACAAGGCUCACGCUGAUGCUGCGUCGCCAUCGCUCACUUCCAGAAAAACGCUCCAAAUGGACUCCCCCAUUACCCACCACAACGGCAAUGGCAGCAGCACCGCCAGCAUGCUAUCCGGGGGUCUCAGCGCUGCUUUCUCUAACCCCACCCAAGAGAUGCAGAGCGCCAGCGGGGGGACCUCACCUUCCCUUCCUGGUUUUGGGACCCCGUGGUCGAUCCAAACCAGCUCCUCUCCCCCUCCCGCGCCCAUCAACCCUGUGCACAUGAAUCCGAUCAGCACAGAGGCAGACUCCAGCAGCUUCUACCCCAGCAUCCCCUCCUCCAUCAACCCGGCCUUCUUCCAGAGCUUCUCAGCAGUGUCAGCUAGUACGAUGAACGUGCCGGGCUUCAGUGGUCCUUUCUCCCCGCAGAUGAACGCGCCUCCUCCGCCACAGAGCCGCAGGUCCCCGGUCAGUCCACAGAUGCACCCGCAGCAGGGGGCCUUCCUCCAACAGAGAAACAACUACAACCAGCAUCAGCCAAUGGUGAAGCCCUCUCCGUGGAGCAGCCACCAGGGAAACGGCUGGGGCUCUGGGGGGAUGUCCUGGGGCAGAGACCACCGUCGAGGGGGGGGUGGUUUGGGCGUACCUGGCUCCAUCAGUCACCUCUCCCCGCACAAAAAGCCCUUCCCCGCUAACGUCAUCGCACCCCCAAAGUUCCCACGCUCGGCCGGAUCUCUGGGACCCAAGUCGUGGAUUGAAGAGAACGUCUUCCGCACAGAUAACAACAGCAACACCCUCCUGCCCCUCCAGGAACGGUCUCGAAUGUAUGACAGCCUGAACAUGCACUCUCUGGAGAGCUCUCUCAUCGACAUCAUGCGGGCCGAGCAGGAUCCUAUGAAAGGCCGAGUGGGAUGCCCUUAUCCGGGGGCAGAGGGUCUUCUCAUGCUUAAUGGCCGCUCAUCUCUGUUCCCCAUCGAUGACAAUCUCCUUGACGACGGUCACAUGAACCAGGGCAUCCCGGGACUCAACUGUUACCCGCACCAGAACGGGGAACGCAUUGAGCGCUUCUCCAGAAAAGUCUUUGUGGGAGGUCUGCCCCCUGAUAUCGAUGAAGAUGAGAUAACAUCCAGUUUCCGUCGUUUUGGUCACCUGGUCGUCGAUUGGCCGCACAAAGCAGAGAGCAAGUCUUACUUUCCACCUAAAGGAUACGCCUUCCUGCUGUUCCAGGAGGAGACUUCAGUGCAGGCGCUCAUCGAGGCCUGUAUGGAGGAAGACGGGAAGCUCUACCUGUGUGUGUCCAGCCCCACCAUCAAAGACAAACCAGUUCAGAUCCGCCCUUGGAACCUGAGUGACAGUGAUUUUGUGAUGGACGGGUCUCAGCCUCUGGACCCCCGUAAGACCAUCUUUGUGGGAGGAGUGCCCCGUCCCCUCAGAGCGAUCGAGCUGGCGAUGAUCAUGGACCGUCUGUAUGGAGGAGUGUGUUACGCUGGGAUCGACACAGACCCGGAGCUCAAAUACCCAAAGGGGGCGGGGCGAGUGGCCUUCUCCAAUCAGCAGAGCUACAUCGCAGCCAUCAGCGCCCGAUUUGUUCAGCUGCAGCAUGGAGACAUUGACAAGAGGGUGGAGGUGAAGCCUUAUGUCCUGGAUGACCAGCUCUGCGACGAAUGUCAGGGGGCUCGCUGUGGGGGAAAGUUCGCUCCAUUCUUCUGCGCCAACGUCACCUGCCUUCAGUACUACUGCGAGUUCUGCUGGGCUAACAUCCACUCACGGGCCGGCCGCGAGUUCCACAAACCGCUGGUCAAAGAGGGCGCGGACCGACCCCGACAGAUCCACUUUCGCUGGAACUAG